AUGGAGUUACGAACCGGAGCCGAGAGCGGGCGCGGUGAUCAAUUCCGCACAAGAGAGGGAGAACUGUGGAAAAUAACGAGUGUUUUGACGAUCGCUAUGGAGAUGGUAGAGGCUGAUAUUGGCUUAAUUCGCGGUUUAAAAAGGGGAUCUUUCUCGACAAGACAAACACUUUUAUACCGUAAAAAAUAA